AUGGCCGAGCCGCCCGGCGCCCCGCACCGCACCACCGGUUCCACCUUGCUGCACCCGUUGAGCGGGUUGCUGGGUAUCCCGCUGGAUCAGAUCAAUUUUGUAGCCUGUCAACUGUUUGCACUUUUGGCUGCGUUUUGGUUUCGUAUUUACUUGGGUCCCAGUCAUGCCAGCUCUGCUGUUCGCCAUGCAUUUGCCACCCUCUUUGGAAUAUACUUUGCUGUCUUCUGCUUUGGGUGGUAUUCCAUUCAUCUUUUUGUCCUGGUGAUGAUGAACUAUGGCAUUAUGAAUAUGGCGAGUAUUCCCAACAUCCACAGGUACUCCUUUGUCGUAGCUAUGGGAUACCUCACGUUGUGCCACAUAAGCCGAAUAUACAUAUUUCAUUAUGGUAUUCUCACUACAGAUUUUUCCGGUCCGCUGAUGAUAAUUACACAGAAGAUCACAACACUUGCAUGCCAGUUACAUGAUGGAAUAGGACGACAAGCUGAGGAACUCACUGCUGAGCAAAAUCGGCUUGCUGUAAAGACAAGACCUUCUUUACUGGAGUAUUUAAGCUAUCUCCUCAAUUUUAUGAGCAUCAUAGCUGGGCCUUGCAGCAACUACAAGGAUUAUAUAGCCUUCAUUGAAGGGAGGCAUGUGCACAUGAAACUAUUAGAAGUGAACUGGAAGCAGAAGGGUUAUGACAGACUUCCUGAUCCUUCUCCAACUGGAGCAGUGAUGUACAAGCUGUGUAUCACACUAGUAUCUCUCAUUUUAUUCUUGACACUUACCAAGAACUUUCCCAUGGCAUAUAUUAUUGAUAAUGAAUUUCUUGAUAAAACACCCUUCUUGUCAAGACUUGGUUACCUGUAUGUUGUAACACAGGCAGCAAAACCAAAGUAUUACUUUGCAUGGACGUUAGCAGAUGCAGUCAACAAUGCAGCUGGCUAUGGAUUCAGUGGAGUUGAUGAGAGGGGCACUUUCCGCUGGGACCUGUUGUCCAAUUUAAAUAUCUGGAAUAUUGAGACUGCAACAAGUUUUAAAAUGUACAUUGAAAACUGGAACAUUCAGACAGCUGCCUGGCUAAAACGCGUCUGCUAUGACAGAGCUCCCUGGUACCCUACGGCUUUAACUUUUAUCCUGUCGGCCCUGUGGCACGGUAUCUAUCCUGGAUAUUAUUUUACGUUUCUCACUGGAAUCCUUAUCACACUCGCAGCCAGAGCAAUAAGAAACAGUUGCAGACAUUACUUCCUCUCAUCAGUGCCUCUCAAGAUAGCCUAUGACGUUAUUACCUGGGUUGUCACUCAACUGGCCGUGUGCUAUACUGUUGCACCAUUUGUUAUGCUGGCUGUUGAGCCCACGAUCAAGUUCUACAAGUCUAUGUAUUUUCACAUGCAUAUUCUAAGCAUCCUGGUGUUGCUUGUGUUACCGAUCAGACCUCAAGCCCACUCCAUAAGAAAGCCUCAGAAUCAGGCCAUGAUGAACUCUGUUAAAAGCAAAGACAAAUGAUGCCUCCAAAGAAAAUUGCCAAUAUUGGGAAAACAAACUGUCAUAUUGGAAACAAACAAAGAAGAAGAAAAAUGGGUGGGAUGAGGGUUGAAGUACAAGACAGGUGGCAUUUCUAUUGGUUGUCUUAAAAUCUUACUGGACAGGGCAGAAAAGAGCCUGAAUGACCGUAUUUCAAAUUAUUCCAGUUAUCAGAGAUUUUUACAGGCAACGUUUACAGGCUCAUGGGGCAUUUUGAUUUUUUUUAAUAAAUAUUUUUAUGAAGUGUUUUUAUAUAUUUAAACUUUUUCACACAGAGAGGCAUUUUUUUCUCUUUUACAGAAAUAUACAACUAUUAAUCAAUAAAUAAUCUUGUGAUUAGAGGGACAGGAAGCAGCUAGUAUAGAGUUAGACCAGCUGCCUGAUAGCCUGGUGCUGUGGGCAGCUGGCAGAGGAAGCUUUUCAUCUCUUGGCUACGGAGAGAGAUGGCGCAAGUAGAAAACUGCGGACGUGGGGUUGCUCAAGGUGCUGGCGCUGACUUCUGCCCCAGCAGGGAGAAGAGGGAGCGGGACUUUCCCCAGCAAUGCCCAGAACAGGGACUGCAGCCUGAGCUUGGCAGCAAGGGUAUUUCACAGCCUUUAACGUGACACCUGCUGGUAAUGAGGGUGAGAAAAUGUCCCUUGGGAAUAGGUGUCUGGGAGCACUGGCAACUGGCUAACCCAAAAUCUAAAGCCAAGUAAAA